AUGAUGGCCGCGGACAGGGAAGGGCCGGCGGCGCUUCUUCUCCGACGCGUCGCCGCCGCCGUGUUCGUUCUCGUGAUGCUGUGCUCCCCCGGUCCCGGCGCGGUGGUGGUGGUGUCGGCCCGGAAGGUGGGCGAGACGUGCGCGCUGGACCGGAACUGCGACGCGGGGCUGCACUGCGAGACGUGCGUCGCCGACGGCAACGUGCGGCCGCGCUGCACCCGCGUGGCACCCGUCGACCCGCAGACCAAGGCGCGGGACCUGCCGUUCAACCGGUACGCGUGGCUGACGACGCACAACUCGUUCGCGCGGCUCGGGCAGCGGUCGCGGACGGGGGUCGCCAUCGCCACGCCGUGGAACCAGCAGGACACCGUCACCGAGCAGCUCAACAACGGCGUGAGGGGGCUGAUGCUGGACAUGUACGACUUCCGCAACGACGUCUGGCUCUGCCACUCCUACGGCGGCAUCUGCCAGAACUUCACCGCGUUUCAACCGGCGGUGAACGUGCUCCGGGAGGUGGAGCGCUUCCUGUCGCGGAACCCCGCGGAGGUGGUGACCAUCUUCGUGGAGGACUACGUGGAGUCGCCCAAGGGGCUCACCCGGGUGCUCAACGCGUCGGGCCUCGCCCGCUACGUGUUCCCGGCCUGGCGCAUGCCCAAGAGCGGCGGCGACUGGCCGCGGCUCAGCGACAUGGUCCGCGACAACCACCGCCUGCUCAUCUUCACCUCCAGGCCCGCCAAGGAGGCCGCCGAGGGCAUCGCCUACGAGUGGCGCUACGUCGUCGAGAACCAGUACGGGACCAAGGGCAUGGUGAAGGGGACGUGCCACAACCGCGCCGAGUCGGCCGCCAUGAACGACCUGUCCAGGUCGCUGGUGCUCGUCAACUACUUCAGGGACCUCCCGAACCUGCCGGUGGCGUGCAAGGACAACUCGGCGCAGCUGCUGGACAUGGUCACCACCUGCCACGACAAGUCCGGGAACCGAUGGCCCAACUUCAUCGCCGUCGACUUCUACAAGAGGAGCGACCGAGGCGGCGCGGCGGAGGCGACGGACAAGGCGAACGGCGGCCUCGUCUGCGGCUGCGGGAGCAUAUCGGCUUGCAGCGCGAACGGGACGUGCACUCCCCGGCACGGCAGAACGCCCAAAGGCAUCUUGAACGCCUCAUCCGACGCGGCGGCGUGGUGGCCGCCGCCGCCGGUGCUGCAAUGGCAGCGGCUCAUCCUGCUGCCGUCUCUCCUUGCUCUUCUUCUGGGCCUGUAA